AUGUCCAAGAAACGUACAUACCUGGAUUCAUAUGUACAAUAUGGUUUUGACUUCAUUGUUGUGGAUGGUGUAGAGAAGCCUCAGUGUCUGCUGUGCUCAAAAGUUCUUGGAAAUGGGUCACUGAAACCUUCAAUAUUGAAACAGCAUCUGGAAGCUACACAUCCUGCCCAUGCAUCUGAUGACCGUGCUACAUUUGAGGCAAAGAGAGCUAGGUUUAGGGCUGCAGGAACACUGCCCAAACUUGGCUUCGUAUCUGAGAAGAAACCAAUGCUUGCAGCUUCCUAUCAUGUAGCGAUGCGAAUAGUAAAGUCAAAGAAACCUCAUGACAUAGCCAAGAAGCUGAUUAAACCUUGUGCCUUAGACAUGGUUGAACAUGUAUGUGGGAAUAAAGAAAAACAGAAGAUUCAAGCCAUUCCCCUUUCUAAUGGCACAAUUCAUCGGCGUAUUAUAGAAAUGUCGCAAGAUAUUUGUCAACAAGUUAUUGAACAGAUCAAAUCUAGCCCAGCAAAAAUUUCUUUGCAGCUUGAUGAAUCCUGUGAAGUAGCCAAUUUUUCACAUCUUCUUGUUUUUGUCCGUUACAUAUGUGAAAAAGAACUAAAAAAUGAAUUUAUCUUUUGUGGACCUCUCGAACAAACCACAAAGGCUAUUGAUAUAAUGCAGAAAAUACAAGACUUCUUUGAAAAGAACGAUCUCACAUGGGACAUUGUUGGUUCAAUUUGUACUGAUGGAGCUCCAGCCAUGAUGGGAGUGAGAUCAGGCUUCACUGCACUUGUGAAGCAAAAGGCACCCCAUGUGAUAACAACACAUUGUGUUCUUCACAGACAUGCAUUAGCUGCAAAAACGCUUCCUGAAAACUGA